AUGACAAAUGUACCGUGGACAUGCAAAUGCUUCAUCAAUAGUCUCCAGGAAACACAAUCGUCACAUCGUUACUUAGUUUCCAGCAAGGAAUUGCUGGAUCCUUUCAGUACGCAAACGAUGAAUCUCGUGUUACCACUGCUACCAACGGGACGGCAGCUUUUGUCUGCCGCUUUCAUCAUCUUUAAACUACACGGUUUCAUACCGUUCUCGUUCGAUUACUACACGCUUAAGCUGAAGCCUGCCAGCACCACCGAAACGCUGCUGCAUCUGCCUAUCUUACAACUGCUCUUCUAUGUCACCGUAAACUGGAUCGCAUUACUGUACAGAGCUGACAUUUUCUACACCAAUCUGCAAAUCCUCAGCGUCAACGAUAUACUAAAGUAUGGAUCACUGAUGUUGGCUGUGUUUGUUAUUUUGAUCUGCACUGUUAUACAGCGCACCGCACACCGAAGCGUUUGGGGCAUGUUGGCGCUUAUUCAUCGCCGGACGCGGAAGAAAUUCAUACAACGCUUUACGCACCACUAUCUGUGGAAGUUUUAUAGUUAUCUGGUGUUUAGUGCAAUCAUUGAAUCGCUAGUACUAUUCACCUACCAAGAAGAUCCUUCGGAAUUAGCCUACUGGCUGGUAAUACUGAUCUGGCACAUCUUUCUUCGGCUGCGCCAUCUAUUCCACAUGUGUUUUAUCGACAUACUCAAGAUACAUCUUCAACAGCUUCACUAUGGGCUGGUGGAGAUAGGUGAAUAUUUGUGUGAUCUUCAUACACACCCGCAAGAUUCAGAGAUGUAUCGGGCGAUGUACCAACGAUGCAUCGAUCGUUUGCUGGAGUUAAAAAGUUUGUACGGACAGCUGUGGGAGCUGAGUGAUCGCAUUAACCGUACCUUCGGAUGGUCACAGAUUUGUAACUUUACCGCCAACUUUGUACAGCUUUCGUGUGAUCUUUACUGGUACUAUGUGUCUACAAAAAUGUACAGCAGUACUGAUGCUGUUCAAGCUAUAUUUUUAGCCAUCUUACCAACGGCAUUUCUUAUCGGGCUUUUGUUGCAUUCGGCCGAGUCUUGCCUGCGUGUGUCAUGCGCUCUCCAGUCAGCUCUGCUGAACUUUCCCCUCGAGAACGAGCCUACCUUGCGCAAGAUCAUCUAUCGUUUCGGGUUGCAGAUUGCUCAGCAACGGAUUCGACUCACAGCUAAUGGAUUGUUUGAAAUUAACUACUCACUUUUAAAAAUGUUCGGCACGGGAAUUACGACGUAUAUGAUCAUUUUCAUCACUUUCUCAAAAGAAAUACGCUUUGAAGAAAUCAAUAAUGCUUAA